CACAAAAACUUAACCUCCAACCUUGACACAUCUCUGCAUGUCCAAAUACUUCCCUCCCUCUCUCAUCUCAUCUUUCCUAAAUAUACAUCGCUUUUCUCGGCAAUCGAAAUUGUAGAAACGUUUCUGAAACGAUGCAGUCAGUAAGGACCCGCCGCAAAGUGGCUCCAGCCACCGCAAACGGCGGUGACUCAGCCGAGAAAUUGGACCAACUUCUCCUCUCAUCCGCCAUCUGCAACGGCGAAGACUUAGGGUCGUUUGUUCGCAAAGCCUUUGCAUCAGGAAAGCCCGAGACACUCCUCCACCAUUUGCGCCAGUUCGCCCGAUCCAAAGAAUCCGAAAUCGAGGAAGUCUGCAAGGCCCACUACCAAGACUUCAUCAUGGCCGUUGAUGAUCUCCGAUCUCUGCUCUCUGAUGUCGAUUCGCUCAAAUCGGCUCUCUCCGAUUCAAACUCAAAACUCCAGUCUGUAGCUGGUCCGCUCCUAUCCUCACUUGACUCGUACGUAGAAGCGCAAAAUAUUUCGAAAAAUGUUGACUUAGCGCUGAAAUCAAUUGUGUCUUGUAUGAAACUGAUGGAGCUUUGUUCACGAGCAAAUCAUCAUCUUUCAAGCAACAACUUUUACAUGGCUUUGAAGUGCACAAAUGCAAUGGAGAAUGAGUUCUUAGAUAAAACGCCUUCGUCUACUUUAAAAAGAAUGUUAGAAAAGAAAAUUCCAGCGAUUAGAACAUAUAUCGAGAGAAAGGUAAACAAGGAGUUUGGUGAUUGGCUAGUUGAGAUCCGUGUAGUAUGUCGAAAUUUAGGUCAAUUAGCAAUCGGUCAAGCUUCUUCGGCGAGGCAACGAGAAGAGGAUUUACGAAUCAAGCAGAGACAAGCUGAGGAACAGAGUCGGCUCAGUUUGCGUGACUGCGUUUACGCUUUACACGAGGAUGACGAAGAUGGAUUUAACAACGGUGUUGAAAGUGAUAGUAACGGUGUCUCUGGUCUGUUAGGGUUUGAUUUGACUCCUCUUUAUAGGGCUUAUCAUUUACACCAAACAUUAGGUCUUGAAGAUCGAUUUAAGCAAUAUUAUUUUGAAAAUCGGAAGCUUCAAUUGACGUCUGAUUUUCAGGUAUCCUCAAUGACUCCGUUUUUAGAAUCUCAUCAAACAUUUUUCGCCCAAAUUGCUGGUUUUUUUAUUGUUGAAGAUCGAAUUUUAAGGACCGGUGGUAAUUUGAUAUCUAAAAUUGAAGUUGAGAAUUUGUGGGAUGCAGCUGUUAGUAAAAUGUGUUCAGUACUGGAGGAUCAGUUUUCGAGAAUGCAAACUGCUAAUCAUCUCCUUCUGAUUAAGGAUUAUGUGAGUUUGUUGGGUGUCACAUUGCGCGGAUAUGGGUACCCAGUUGAUGCUUUGCUUGAUGUUUUGAGUAAACAUAGGGAUAAGUAUCACGAGUUAUUGUUGUCAGAUUGUCGUAAACAGAUUGCUGAAGCCCUUGCUGCUGAUAAGUUUGAGCAAAUGUUGAUGAAGAAAGAGUAUGAGUAUUCUAUGAAUGUGCUUUCAUUUCAGAUUCAGACAUCGGAUAUUGUUCCUGCAUUUCCUUAUGUUGCGCCAUUUUCGUCUACGGUGCCUGAUUGUUGUAGGAUUGUGCGGUCCUUCAUUGAGGACUCAGUGAGUUUCAUGUCGCAUGGUGGGCAGCUGGAUUUCUAUGAUGUUGUUAAAAAGUAUUUGGAUAGGCUUUUGGCUGAAGUUUUGGAUGAGGCUCUUAUGAAACUUAUUAAUACAUCUGUUCAUGGGGUUUCUCAGGCAAUGCAAGUUGCAGCUAAUAUGGCUGUUUUAGAGCGCGCUUGCGAUUUUUUCUUUCGUCAUGCUGCACAGCUUUCAGGAAUUCCAUUGAGAAUGGCAGAGAGGAGUAGGAGGCAGUUCCCUCUAAACAAAGCGCGUGAUGCUGCCGAGGACAUGCUGUCUGGGUUGCUUAAAACAAAGGUUGAUGGUUUCAUGACAUUGAUUGAGAAUGUGAACUGGAUGGCUGAUGAUCCCGUACAGAAUGGCAAUGAAUAUGUAAAUGAGGUCAUAAUAUAUUUGGAGACUCUCGUUUCUACUGCACAACAAAUAUUGCCCGCUCAGGUUCUUAGAAGGGUUCUACAAGAUGUUCUUUCUCACAUAUCAGAGACCAUUGUAGGGGCAUUAUAUGGUGAUUCUGUUAAGAGGUUUAAUAUAAAUGCUAUCAUGGGAAUGGAUGUAGAUGUUCGACUUCUGGAGUCUUUUGCUGAUAAUCUAGCUCCCUUGUUCACAGACGGGGAUGCAAAUCAGUUGAAAACAGCUCUUGCUGAGUCAAGGCAGUUGACUAAUUUGUUAUUGAGCAAUCACCCUGAGAAUUUUCUGAAUCCAGUGAUUAGGGAGAGGAGCUACAAUACUUUGGAUUACAGGAAAGUAGUGACAAUAUCAGAGAAGUUGAGGGAUCCUUCAGAUCGGCUGUUUGGAACCUUUGGAAGCAGGGGAGCCAGGCAGAAUCCUAAGAAGAAAUCUCUGGAUGCUAUGAUAAAAAGACUCAGGGAUGUGAGCUGAUUUGGGACGGAGCUUAAUAGCAUCUUAAAUUGGAGAGCUGUCACCAUCUGCUUACAGCCCUGCAUGCGUGAUCACAGAUGCCCCUUCCAGUUCCACCGCAUCCACAUCCGUUUCGUCUUUCACUUCAUCAGCCUGUCAAUUGUUUAAUUUCACUUUCUCCAAGCCUAUCUACUUUUACUUGGCUUUAAUUUACACAUAUUUAUGGUUAAUCAGUGCAGCAGAAAUAACUUGUAAUACUACGUGGAAGCUUCAGCUCUUUACAAACUGUCAAAACAGAUCGGUUGGAUAUGGUUAAGAUACUACUGUAUCUUGAGCGAGAAAAUAUCAAGGAUAUAAUGCAAUUAAAACCUUGACUUGAAUAACAAUUGUGACAAAACGGCCUCCAUCAAUGUAUACCGAAAUCAUAAAAUUCAUUUAAUGCAAAACCAACUAAGCAACUACAAUCAAGAAAGAAAGAAAGAGAGAGCGAGAUGGGUUUGUUAACCUUGUUCAUUUUGAUCUCCUUCACAGCCCCAAUUGCUUUAAGCGACAGUAAUCCGUCUGCAUAUGAGGUUAUUUAAGAAUACGACUUCCCGGUGGGUAUUCUUCCUAAAGGAGUAACGAGCUAUGAUUUGAACAGAGAUACUGGCGAGUUUUCAGCAUAUAUUAACAAGACUUGCAGCUUUUCCGUUGAUUCUUAUGAGCUGGAGUACAGUUCCACAAUCACAGGCGUUAUAUCCAAAGAUAGAAUCAACAACUUGAAGGGUGUUAAAGUUAAGGUGAUUCUGCUGUGGCUUAAUAUCGUGGAACUGGUUCAUGAUGGUAAUGACCUUCGAUUCUCAGUGGGGAUCGCCUCUGCCGAUUUCUCAAUCAAUAAUUUUGCAGAGUGCCCUCAGUGUGGGUGUGGAUUUGAUUGUAAUGAUUUUCUAUUAUCUUCUUCUUAGUUGAUUGUAAUGAAAUUAGGGAGGU